AAACUUCAACCUCGUAAUCAAUCUUUGUACAACUUUCUCAAUACUCGCUGUUCCUUCUGAAUAAUAAGUGAUCAUUGUGAGUGAAGUGUUAAGAACGGUGUCAUACCUAGUGAAUUGAACUUGAUGUCUCAAAUCAUAAGAACAAGAUCUAAGUGGAAGAAAGAUUCCGAGAUUUUCGUGAUUCUCUCCUAACUUGGAAUUAGCUUAAAGAGUAGGACAAUAAUUUUCGUUUGUGAACUUCAACAUCUUCACAGAGGAAGAUUUUCAGCUCUGACAGAGAGAUGGGAAUUGUAUUGGAAUACCUCAUAAUCACAACAUUGAUAUCCCUCAUAGCCUUCUUCAUUAAUUACAAGAAGAAAAGGAGACAUAUGGAAGAGCUGGCCUCUCAACUGCCCGGACCAAGAUGUUUGCCAAUAGUUGGAAAUCUUUUCUAUUUUAUGGGAACAACUCAUACAGAGUUUAUAGAAAGAAUAGGAGAGAUAGGCAACGCUUACAGACAGCAAAAACCCUUCCGAUUAUGGCUUGGGAACGAGCUGGUUAUUGGGAUAAAUGAGCCAAAGGAUUUUGAGGUAUUGUUUUCGAACGCUAAAAUAAUUGAUAAAGGGCCGUUAUUCAGCUUUUUCCAAGAACGUUCAGCCGGAGCUUUCACCACGUCCGGAGAGAUCUGGAGAAAGUACAGAAGAGUGGCCAUCAAGAUGUUCCAUUCAAAUUUAAUGGAGAAAUACGUCGAUGUGUUCAAUGAACAGGGAAAGAAACUCACCAAUUAUUUAUCACAAAAAUCACCCCAAGAAACAUUCAACGUAGCUGUACCACUGAUGCGCUGUACGCUGGAUAGCAUCUGUCGCACUGCAUUUGGAACACAUAUGGAGCUUCAAAGUAAUCCUGAUGUAACAUUUCCCGACGAUUUGACCAUAUUCCUUGAGGUUGAACCACCGACCCUCACUCAGGAAAUUCCAAUACGACGAGUAUUUAUUGAUGAGACGAAAGACAAUGUGAUGACGUCAUGCACUGCAUUUGGAACACAUAUGGAGCUUCAAAGUAAUCCUGAUGUAACAUUUCCCGACGAUUUGACCAUACGUUCAUUCAACUCCUGUCAUCCAGAUUCCUUGAGGUUGAACCACCGACCCUCACUCAGGAAAUUGCUUGAGGAAGCAGAAGGAGAAGAAGAUGAAGACGUUCAACUACAGCCACCAACACCAUCUCCUGCCGAAGACAACAUGAAUAACGCAGCAGUAGUGGCAUCCCUGCAGCCAGAGAAACAAGCAUCUGCAGCACAGGUACCGACUAUUUCAAAACCAUUACCUAAGGGUGAUCUCGAUCUAAUCCCCGAUUAUGACGGAAAUCCAAUUGAACUCAUAUCAUUUCUUGAAGUGGUAGAAACUCUACUAACUGGAUACUGUACAAGUGACAUUAAAACUCAUUUCCAACCAGAUCUCACCUACGGUAUUAAAACUCAUUUCCAACCAGAUCUCACCUACGGUAUUGUUUCCGAAAGUCCUAACAAGAAUUUCAAGCCCAUUGCGGAAAGCAUUCUCUAUUCCUUGAUUGAAAAACUGAAAGAGGUUAUAAAGAAGAGGAGAACCGAAAAUUUGAAGAGAUCGGAAAUGCAGGACAAUGAAGAAGAUUUCGAGGAUAAUAUGAAGAAUCCCAAUCUCAAAUUAUACAUUGAUUACGUGAUAGAGGCAUCAGAAAAUAAAAAGGGCGCCAAUGAUCUAGAAUGCGCAAAGGAAGCAUUAGAUGUUAUCAUAGGGGUGAGAAAAUACACUUUUUCUACACAUACACAUACAUUGUGUCCUCUUGCUAUUCUAGUUGGAACUAGCAAGGUAGAAGAGCCUCGGAACUGGGCGUCGCGGCUGGUCACCGGGUCCCUCACCUCGGGUACCGGUCGUUUCCUGUGGCCAAGAUCGGUGUCUCGGGGUCGAGAAAGGUGUUCCCAAGCCUUACUCGAGGUGCUUUUGCUUUUCCAGUUGGAACGAGCAAGAUUUCAAAUUAACUUCACUAAUAUUUCUCCACUCAUGAACAAUAAAUUCUGCACUUUCUGGUACCUGCUGAUUUUACCUAAUAAUAUCAUCUUAGAGAUAAACGAUUCAUUUAUAGAAUCAAAUAUUUUUAAGCUUACUUUAAUUAUUAUUCUAUCACUUUUUACAAGAUACAAGUGGGUUAUUUUUAUAAUCAUGAAGUUACUUGUGAGAUUUUCCAUAUUUCCAGAUGAUUGCACCCUACCAGCAGGAGCCAGCUUAUACUUGUGCUACUACAAUGUGCAUAGAGAUCCACGAUUUUGGACACAUCCCAAUGAUUUCUAUCCUGAACAUUUUCUUCUAGAGAAUAUAAGCAAACGUCCAAAGUAUAGCUACAUACCUUUCAGCUAUGGACCAAGAAGCUGCCCAGGUUCAAAAUACGGGAUCAUGUCAAUCAAGAUAAUGAUGAGCCAUAUUCUCAGAAGAUUCGAUGUGGAAUGUGAUUUGAAGCUUGAUGACAUGAGGUUCAAACCAGGACUGAUGCUUGAACUGGAAGGUGGAUACCCUAUUCGUCUUAUACCAAGAGUUCACAAAAUACAACAAACAUGACAAACUCUCAAAACUCAAUGUUGACAUUGAACACAUAAUGCUAUUCAUUAUUUUCAACGAGAUUAUCAGUUAAUUAUGGGAGACUUAUCAAAUCACAUUGUUUUCUUUUCUCUCACAUUGACCACAUUGGACUAUGUGUUAUAUUGAGACAUGAACUUGUAUAUGAAUAUCAAUUCAAGUCAAGUCAACGUGCUAUUGCAAAUUCACUAUAAAUGUACUGAAGAAGAUUUUUUGCAAAGAUGUUCAAUAAACUCUGAAAUGCCAUAUAGGAACUAUGUUUGAAAUAGCUAUUCAUGUAUUAAGAGCGUAAUGCGCAACUUUAUCGCUUGGGCAAAACAGUUAUCAUGUGACGCGAAGCAGAGUGUGAUAAUUUUGCAAGAGCGAUAAAGAAUCAUUACACACGAAUUACAUACAAAAAUUUUUCUACAACUGCCCAAACCUGUUAAAUUACUUAUAUCGGCAGAGUUACAAUUACCGACUUUUCAGGUUAAGAUCUGACCUUUUGGCGAGCUGUUUACCAUCAGCUGAUUGGCGAGCCUAAAUAAACUCUUCUGCGCAUGCGCGAAUGAUUUGCGAGCGUAAAGAGAAUUUACUGCGCAUGCAUGCGUGGAUGGUUAGCGAGCGAGAAAGUAGAUUCUCCUCAGAAAUAAGCUGUUUUACGAGGAGAAUUGAGUAUGUAAAUUCUUUUUUUAUGCGCA